AUGCCAGACGUGCGGUACCCUCGCAAGGCUUCGCCGGCUUCGUCGUUUGGCAGCUAUUCGAGAUCUCCAUCACCGGUAUAUUCCCGUUCACGGUCUCGCUCAAGACCUGGCCGUCGCAUUUCUUUCUCUCGAUCUCCUUCACGCUCAAGGCCUGGAUCACGACGCACUAGCCGGCGCGAUUCCCUGUCAUCAACGUCUAGCAGUCGCUCCCCAUCGCGGGAUGGCAGAAGCAAAAGAACGCAGGUAAAAGAGAAGCUCAAGGACGUUAAGGAGAAGACAGACACAACAAGCGGGCUGAAGACUUCUCUUGUUUUCCUUGGCUCAGUAGCAGCUGCAACCUAUGCGGCGCAUAAGUUCUGGCCGAAAGGCGUCACCUACGGCGAGAAAGAGGAAUGGGAGAUUGAGAAGGCCAUAAGAAAGGAGAAGAAGAAGGCUGCAGAACGCGCGGGCGACGGUCGCAAUGGUGAGCCUUCCAGUCGUGGCGACGACCGUCGUGAUAUCGAAGAACGAAGAAGGGAUCGCGAUUACGAUCGACCACGCAGCAGCCUAGGAAGAUUGGGAAUUGAGGGUGUGCCAAGAAGAGCGGACUUGGACGAAGUUAUUCUCGUGAGGCGCCCCGUGAGUGUCAACAGAGGCCAGCACGGAACUACUACCAUGAGCGUCGAUGGAAGUCGUACGGGAGAUGCAAGAAGGGCACAAUACGUUGAGGACAACCGCACCAUCCGCCAAGAUUCCAGAACAUAUGUCGAGACCCGUGAUGAGAGCUCUAGGGCUGCACCACGAUAUGUUGAUUACGAAGCGAGGAGGUAUUCCCAUGAUGAACCUCCAGAUACCCGUCGUGGACAGCCAAUCGUAUACACCAGGCGUGCUGAAGGGUAUCGGUAA